AUGACCAACGCCCCAGCGGCGCAGUACAAGCCUUGGGCAGAACCGGCGGAAUCCGAUAGGGAUACCCUCGAACAGGAGGCGGACACGACAGAGCCAUCCAACGACAUUCUCACCUCAUAUCUGAACGAUUCUGCAGGCGUUCUGGAUCAAUUGGAGAAUCACGAGUCUCCAGUUUCCUCCCCAGGAAGGGCCACGACGCCUCAGAUCACCUCGCCAAGGCCUUCUCUUUCCGAGCGUACAGUCGAGACCCUUUCGCAGCUGCCCUCGUCUCCUGCUCUGAGCAAAAAGUCGUCCUCCUUCUUUGAUUCAAUAAGGCCUAUAUCGCGUGCCGAAAGUUCAACCUCAAGGCCGGGCUCCAGCUACACCUCCGGCGGCUCUGCAGGGCAUUCGUCUCGCCCGGCUUCAAGCGGAGCGCCUGAUGACAUGGGAUUCUCGAAUCCCAGAAUGUCAUCGGCCGAUUUGUUCCAGAGGCGUCGUUCAGUCAUCAGCGGCACCUCUGAUCGAGUGCCAGCUGCUGCCUCCAACAGACUGCGCCCAGCAAGUCGUGCGUCCGGAGCCGUCUCGAAACCAUCCGCCUCCAUGCCGGAUGUUAGAAGUCCUAGUCCCACUAAGCUAGGCAAGACUCCAACGAAGCCCGCUCCAAAACCGGCUCAAAAGCCUGCAGCCACAUCUGUGAAGAAGAGGACAUCAGCCCUUGGUGCGGGUGAUGGUCCGGCUGCUUCCUCCUCGUCGUGGGAUGGCACUAUUGCAUCACCUGCCCCAGCGGCGAAGGAAUCUGCUGCUGAGCCGGAGCAGCCCACUCAAAAGUCCUCGACGGCGCUUCGAGAUCAGAUCGCCAAGGCAAAGGCUGCUAAGAGAGCGGCAAUGAAGCAGGCGCCCAGCGCUGCGUCGACGACUGAUGAUGUGGCAGCCCCAUCCACCAAUGGCUUCGAUUAUGCUGCCGCGUUCGAUGACCCCUUCAACCUGAACAAGGGCCAGGACGCCGGUCAACAGGUCCUGAAGCAACGUAUCGGAGCAGCAAGAACUAGUGGAAAGCUGAACAUUGCAGCCUUAGGAUUGAAGGAAAUACCAGGCGAAGUCCUCAAAAUGUACGACCUGGAGACCAUUGGAGCCGGUGGAAGCUGGGCAGAGAGCGUUGAGUUGACCAGGCUGAUUGCCGCGGAUAACGAAAUAGAAUCGUUGGACGACGCUGCGUUCCCUGAUCUCAGCCCCGAGGAGCUUGAGAACGACGAAGAGGGCCGCGGUAAUAUAUUCGGGGGCCUUGAGACACUCGACAUGCACGGCAAUCGGCUGGUAUCCAUUCCAAUGGGCUUCCGCCGCUUCACCCAGUUGACCACACUCAAUCUGUCGUCCAACCGUCUAGAAAAUGGAUGCCUUGAAAUCAUCUCGCAGAUGACGGCCGUCCGCGACCUCAAACUGGCCAAGAACAACCUCGCUGGAACCCUGUAUCCCGGCCUCGCGGACCUGAGCGCUUUAGAGGUGCUUGAUAUCCACGGAAACCAAGUCUCCUCCCUACCGCCCAGCGUCGAAAAGCUGUCUCGGCUGCGCGUCCUCAACCUGAGCGAAAAUAGCUUUGAGUCGCUCCCCUUUGAGGGGCUCUCGAAGCUGCCCCUUACUGAGCUCGACUUGAAGAAGAACAAGCUUUCGGGGACUCUGAUUGAGGAGCCGAUAGGUUCCCUGCCGAUGCUCCAAACGCUUGACAUCUCGGUGAACAGGCUGACCCGACUUGUGCCUGCCGACGCCUCCAUCAACCUUCCCGUCGUCCACACCCUCACCCUCUCGAUGAAUCGACUGCAAGAGCUCCCGGAUAUGACCUCAUGGACAAGCUUGAUUACCCUUGCAGCAGAUGCAAACAACAUCUCCAGCAUUCCCCUGAGCUUUACCAGCCUCGAAAGAGUGCGACAAGCCGACUUUUCCAGCAACGACAUCCGAGUCGUGCCGCCCGAGAUUUCUCGAAUGGACAGCCUCACGAUGCUGCGACUGAGCGGCAAUCCGCUCCGCGACAAGAAGUUUGCUUCGGCCUCGACGGAUGAGAUCAAGGAAGCGCUGUCGACGCGACUGGAGCCCCCUCCUCCCUACGAGGAGCCCGAUACUGAUAGGUCGGAGGGUGACGAGGACUUUGCCACGCCUCCCACGUCUGCGCCGCAUUCGCCCACCAGAUCCCGUGCUCAGACCGUAGUCAAGGAGACUUGGCAGGUCAAGCCGGGCGGACUCCUGGACCGUUCCCGCACCGAAGCGUCUUCCCUGAGCCCCGAAAUGUGUGCCGAGCUGUCGAGGAGCUAUCAAAUACGGCAGGCGCAGCUUCACCACAACCUCCUGAGUGCGUUCCCCGGGUCGCUGCAGUUCUUCUCGCAGACUCUGACGUCCCUGUCCCUGGGCCACAACAAGCUCUCGGGCGAGGCCUACCUGACUGAAGAGCUGAGCCUGCCGGUUCUGACGGAACUGAACUUGAGCUCGAAUACCAUCACCAGCCUAGGUCCGUUGACAAAAUUCCUUAAAGCACCCGCACUGGAAAAGAUUGACGUCUCGCUCAAUCGCCUCACCGCCCUCCCGCUAGAUCUGAAGCAGAGCUUCCCCAGCCUCAAGGUACUGCUUGCGUCAAACAACCAACUAACGGAGCUUGAUCCAGCUACCAUCAAGGGCCUCAAAGUUGUUGAUGUGUCGAGCAACGACAUUGCUCAUCUGGAUCCUCGGCUCGGUCUGCUGGGCGGCAAGGACGGGCUCGAGCGGCUCGAGGUGGCGGGCAACCGGUUCAAGGUGCCCAAGUGGAACGUCCUGGAGAAGGGGACGGCAGCUACGAUGAGAUGGCUCCGGGGCCGCGUUCCGGCUGCCGAGAUGGAAGAAUGGAGAGCCGAGAAUGGGGAGGACGACGAUUCCGACUUGGACUAG